UUUUUGUUGAAUUUUUUUUUAUUUUUUUUUUUUGCUCACUGAAAUAAUGCUUUUAGAUAUAAAAUACUAUUCAUUCCCUUUGCUUCUGUUUGUGCUUUUUUUUUUUUCUUUCAUUCCAUCUCUCAUAUUUCUUUAGCUUCCUUUUCAGCCCUUCGCAUUUUGUAGACUAAAAUCUUCCUCUGUGUUCUCCUGCUUUAUACUAUUUUAUUACAUUAUACUAUAGUAACAGUGAAAACAAAUCAAUUUGAAUCAGAUCAGUUGUCUUUUAAUAUAACUUAUAAUUACCUAAUUCUUAAUCUCUUAAUCUCUUAAUCUCUUAAUCUCUUAAUCUCUUAAUCUCUUAAUCUCUUAAUCUCUUAAUUUCCUAAUUUUCCAACUUUCCAAAAUGGUCCAAAAAAUUAAAGUUAAAAAUCCUAUCGUCGAAUUGGAUGGUGAUGAAAUGACAAGAAUCAUUUGGCAAAUGAUCAAGGAUUUGUUGAUCUUGCCAUACCUUGAUAUCGACUUAAAAUACUAUGAUUUAGGUAUCGAAUACAGAGACCAAACUGAUGAUAAAGUUACUAUUGAGGCUUCUGAAGCCAUUUUGAAAUAUCAAGUCGGUGUUAAAUGUGCUACCAUUACUCCAGAUGAAGCAAGAGUCAAAGAAUUCAACCUUAAAAAAAUGUGGUUAUCCCCCAACGGAACCAUUAGAAACAUAUUAGGUGGUACUGUUUUCAGAGAGCCAAUUGUUAUUCCUGCUAUUCCAAGAAUUGUUCCUCAAUGGGCUAAACCAAUCAUCAUCGGCAGACACGCUUAUGGUGAUCAAUAUAAGGCAACUGAUACUCUUAUCCCCAAAGCUGGUAACUUGAAAUUGGUUUUUACUCCAGAAGAUGGCUCAGAAGCUCAAGAAAUCACUGUUUUUGACUAUAAAGGUCCCGGUGUCGCUUUAUCUAUGUAUAAUACUGAUGAAUCUAUCACUGGUUUCGCCGAAUCCUCUUUCAAAUUAGCUCUUGACAGAAAAUUACCUCUUUACAUGUCAACCAAAAACACCAUCUUAAAGAAAUACGAUGGUAGAUUCAAAGACAUCUUCCAAGACAUAUACGACACUAAAUAUAAAAAAGAUUUCGAAGCCGCUGGUAUUUGGUAUGAGCACAGAUUGAUUGAUGAUAUGGUUGCUCAAAUGUUGAAAUCUAAAGGUGGUUUCAUCAUCGCCAUGAAAAACUAUGAUGGUGAUGUCCAAUCUGAUAUCGUCGCUCAAGGUUUUGGCUCUUUAGGUCUUAUGACUUCGGUUCUUAUGACCCCAGAUGGAAAAACUUUUGAAGCCGAAGCAGCCCAUGGAACUGUCACCAGACAUUACAGAAGACACCAAGUUGGCGAAGAAACCUCAACCAACUCCAUCGCCUCCAUCUUUGCAUGGACCAGAGGUAUCAUCCAAAGAGGUAAAUUAGACGAAACUCCAGAAGUUGUCAAAUUCGGUGAAUUAUUAGAAAAGGCCACCAUCGACACUGUCCAAGUCGACGGUAUCAUGACAAAAGAUUUAGCUUUAGUCCAAGGUAAAACUGAUCGUGCAAGUUAUGUUACCACUGAAGAAUUUAUCGAAGCUGUUGCCAAACGUCUUGCUGCCGAAUUUUAGUUUUAAUUUUAAUUUUAAUUUUCAUUUUAUUUAUUUAUUUAUAGAAUAAUGUUAUAAUUUUUUUCUUUUUUUUUCCUUUAAAAACUCAUUUAUUAUGUAUCUAUAUCCUAAAUUAAUUCAUUCCAUCUAACGAUUUGCUU